AUGCAGUUCACCACCAUCAUCAUCGCUACCCUGGCCGCCGUUGCCGCCGCCUCUCCCUUCCCCGAUGCUUUCGAGAAGCGCACCUGUGUCGGCAGUGAGUUCCACCAUGCAAAGAAUGAAGAUGACAUGGAUCCAUAUAUGCAUAACUACAAGGUUGCUUGCCAGCCCAGCGGCCCUUCCUGCUGCGAUGGAUGGCAGUGUGUUGGCGCCACUGAGUGGAACGACGGUGUCUGCAUUCCUAACUAA